AUGUUGAACUGUUUAGGAGAAGAGGCUUAUGUGAAACCCUUAUUUCCUUCUUUUUUGAUCAUGUCCAAUGUUGACCCCGUCUUAAUAUGGCCAGUUGAAAUAUGGGAGAUGAUUCGGAUGAUUGCGACAGCUCGGAUUGUGAUGCCAAAAGCAAUGGUCAGGCUGUCGGCUGGCAGAGUUCGCUUCUCCAUCCCCGAGCAAACAUUGUGCUUUCUUGCCGGGGCAAAUUCCAUAUUCACUGGCGAAAAGCUGUUGACGACUCCCAACAAUGAUUUUGAUGCUGAUCAACUCAUGUUCAAGCUGCUUGGACUCAUCCCAAAAGCUCCCAGUUUUCACAACAAUGCUGUAAAAGAUUUUGAAACAGAAUGUUGUGAAGAAGCUAUCUCUAGUUCUGGUUAA